AUGGCGGACAAAACUCGAAACUUUGCAGCAACAAUGGUGGAGGAGCGGCACAAGGACAACGACAAUCCGACGCAGACGACGAUGGAUCAGGGUCGAGUGGAAUCCGACGUGGCCCGGUGCUACAGCGCGUCGAUGGCCGACGAGGCCCUGUUGUCGCGCCCUGUGCUCAUCCGACAAGCACACGCCCAGUACUUGCGUCACGGGCUCAGUCGGCUGUCCACUAGCUACCAGCAUCUGGACUCGAGUCGGCCCUGGCUCGUCUACUGGAUCCUCCAUUCGCUGGAACUCCUCGAAGAGCCCAUCUCUGACCAGACGAAGCAUGAAGUAGUGGACUUUUUGCGGAAGUGUCAGAACCCCAGCGGCGGUUAUGGCGGUGGGCCAGGCCAGAUUUCCCACCUAGCAGUGACAUACGCCGCCGUCAACGCGUUGUGCAUCAUCGGGACAAAAGAAGCGUACGACAGCAUCGACCGGCCGGCGUUGCAAUGGUUUCUGGCACGAAUGUUGCAGCCCAAUGGCAGCUUCGCCUCGCACACGGAUGGUGAGGUGGACAUUCGUGGCGCCUACGUAGCCCUCGCCGUCGCCCGUCUCCUCAACAUUCUCUGUCCGGAGAUCUGCGAAGGAACGGCUGCCUGGGUCGCCAGUUGUCAGACGUACGAGGGCGGCUUCGCGGGCAUCCCGGGCUGUGAGGCCCACGGCGGCUACACAUACUGCGGCGCGGCUGCGUUGAUUCUUUUGGACACUACGCAUUUGUGCGACAUUCAGGGUCUGGUCAAGUGGGCGGCCAAUAGACAAAUGCGACUAGAAGGCGGCUUCCAAGGGCGUACGAACAAACUCGUGGACUCGUGUUACUCGUUCUGGGUCGGCGCCUUGUUCCCGCUGCUCGAGUUCUUCGUCACGCAGGAAGAAACGGAAGAACACAUUCAUGCUCUCAACUCCUCCCGAUGGCUUUUCCAUCAGGAAGCCCUUCAAGAAUACCUUCUUCAUUGCGCCCAGUCUCCAAAAGGUGGUUUCGUAGACAAGCCAGGGAAACCUGCGGAUUUCUACCACACUUGCUACGCGUUGUCCGGCCUGUCCGUCGCACAGCACUUCAAAUGGAAGGACGCCUCGCGGAGUUGCAUCGUCGGGGAAGCCACGAACGAGCUGGCCACGGUGCACCCACUGUUCAACAUCGGGCUGCAGGCCGCCACGGACGCCCAGGAGUACUUCGGCAAUCUCAAAGUUCCGUCGAUACAAAAGCGCGACGGCGACGCGUCGGCCGGAGACGCGUGA